AUGAGCGUCACGUUGAAAUUGCACCAGACUGUUCUCGCCCGCCGGUCAGCUCUCCGCUGGUCGAGCUCUGUUCUCCGCCGCAGCGCAGCUCCAUGGCGUACAUACUCCAGUACCCCGGCAGACGACACGCUGCCCUUGAAGGGCGUUCGCGUGCUUGAUAUGACAAGGGUUCUGGCUGGUCCAUACUGUACGCAGAUCCUUGGAGAUUUAGGAGCAGAUGUUAUUAAGAUUGAACACCCGGUGCGGGGCGAUGAUACUCGCGCCUGGGGUCCGCCAUACGCCAAAUAUCAGGAUGAGUCGCGACAAGGCCCCGGCGAAAGCGCAUAUUAUCUAGGUGUCAACCGCAACAAGAAGUCUUUGGGACUGUCGUUUCAACACAAGUCAGGCGUGGAGAUCCUGCACCGUCUUGCGAAAGAAUGCGACGUGCUCGUUGAGAACUACCUCCCCGGAAGUCUGAAGAAAUAUAACAUGGACUACGAAACUCUGCGAGAGAUUAACCCUAAGCUGAUCUACGCGAGUAUCACCGGAUACGGGCAGACGGGGCCGUACAGUAACCGGGCUGGAUACGAUGUCAUGGUCGAGGCGGAGAUGGGCUUGAUGCAUAUCACUGGGGCCAGGGAUGGGGAUCCGGUGAAGGUUGGCGUGGCGGUUACGGAUCUGACGACUGGGUUGUACACAUCUAACGCAAUCAUGGCGGCUCUGCUGGCUCGCAUGAGGACGGGUAAGGGCCAACAUAUCGAUGCUUGCCUGAGCGAUUGUCAGGUCGCAACCCUGGCGAAUAUUGCUAGCUCGGCGUUGAUCAGUGGGGAGAAGGAUACUGGGAGAUGGGGCACCGCGCAUCCUUCCAUUGUUCCUUACCGGAGUUAUCAGACGCUGGAUGGAGACAUUCUCUUCGGGGGCGGGAACGACAGACUGUUCGGUGUGUUGUGCGACCGUCUAGGACAUCCCGAGUGGAAGACCGAUCCCCGGUUUGUAACCAACAGUGACCGUGUCAAGCACCGAGGGGAGAUCGACGGCCUCAUCGAAGAGAAGGUCAAACAAAAGACCACACAAGAAUGGCUGGAGAUCUUAGAAGGCAGCGGGAUGCCAUAUGCCGCCGUCAACGAUAUUCAAGGGACCCUCAACCAUUCUCACGUCCAAGCGCGUGGGAUGGUUACCGAAGUCGAUCAUCCAGCAUGCGGUCCCAUCAAGCUAGUCAACACCCCGAUUAAGUAUUCCCAUGCCACUCCUGGCGUGCGGACGCCGCCCCCAACCCUUGGCCAACACACGGAUGAGAUUCUCGGGGAGAUUCUCGAAUAUGGGGGGCUAAUGUCACAGCAACAUGGGGUUCUUCCCACGCCGGCGUCUAUAGAGCCAGCGCCACCAGCCCACGGAACCUCCUCGGGCUGGCAGACAUCGGCUCCCACCCUCGAGCGGGUCUCGCCUUCCCUGUCGCCCUCAUUGAAACCUAGCCGCCCACCGAGCGCAAUCUCGAGUAAAGUACAUAUCCCGAAGUUGUCCCCCGCGACCACAGAACUCGUGGCUCGGGUCACUGGCCAUCGGAAAGGGGAGACGCAGAGGAAUGGGACUAAGUUCGUGACGUGGAACCCUCCAUCCCUCCAUCCAGGCUGGAGUCAUCCACGCAUCCAACCAUCAGGCACCAUGAAGGCCUCUUCUACUAUCAUAGAGCUACCAACCGCUCCGUUCGUGUACUCGAGUCAUAUGACAACCCCUGCGGUUGCUCAACAGGCUCCUGUUACUGCUCCUCCCACUACAUCUCCAUCUACACAUACAUAUACACCUCCACUUCCCCAGGGUAGCCAUGACAAGCCAACAAGGCUUGUCAACAUAGCACCCAAACCCGCCGGGCCGCCUUCAAUAGGGGUACCAGCACCACCGCAAGAUUCACUGCCACCACCACUGCCUUCACACCCCCAGCCUAUAGCCCCGGCGGCUAAAGAUUCACCCCCAUCCGCUAAGCGCAAGAGAGCAGCCGUUGGCCCACGCCAACGAAGGAGUACCACCAAUGGCACCAAGCGCAAGAAGCGCCGGCGUGGUAACGACAGUGAUGGAGAAGACAUCAUCCGAGCGGGAGACUCGAGCUCCGAUGAAUCUGACGUUGCGCCGACGGCGACACAAACUAAGUCUGGCCGGCAGGUCAAUCGUCCUUCUUUAUACGUACCUCCGUCCGCAUCCCCGACGGUUGCCAAGGACAGCAGUAACUCGCUGGAUACAUCGGAUAACACUCAACGGCAGGUCGCAGCCGCCCGGAAACGUAAGCGGGUGUAUCGCAAGCCGAAGGACGGCAUCAUCAGUUGUAUCCACUGUCAGAGGGGACAUAGCCCGCAGAGCAACGCUAUUGUCUUCUGCUAUGAGUGCCACGGGCCCUGGCAUCAGCUGUGCCAUGAUCCUCCUAUUGAGCCGCAGGUGGUCACGGUCACCAUGAAGCAAAGACCAUGGGUCUGUCGGGAAUGCAAGCCCGUGCCGAUCACCAUCAUGCAACCGACGGUUGUCAGGAGCAAUCCUAGCCUCACGGGCCCGUCGUUCGGCCCUCCCGUGCAUGCACCACUAAUACUGCCCAAGACGGAAGUAGGAGGGGAGGGCUUCUCGGCAGACGAGCGACGGGGCUUUCUAUCCGGCUUGUCGCAUGCGACUCUUGUCGAACUGCUAGUCACUUUAUCAGACCAGCACCCGGCAGUACCCAUGUUUCCUAAGAACCUAAAGACUCUGCAGUCGAAAUUCUCGUUCAAGCCAAACACUUUGGCAGUGCCUACUCCAUCCUCAACAUCCUCGAAUACCCCAACGAUCACUAACUCGAUAAACCACGCUCUAACUGAUGGUGUAGACAUGGCCCAGCACAAGUCAGGCGUCACUCCCGAGUUCCUGCCAACCCCCUCUUCAGCCCACCAAACACAGCACGACCUGUCCGAAGAGUCCGAGUAUGAAUUCUCAGAGCAUCGCCUGUACCCGCGUGCCGGGAACGGAUUCCGUCUGUCGACGAAAGCCGACGACGUGGAUAUCAUGUGGGAAGACGUCUCAUGUCGCACGUUCAGCUACGCAUUACACGGGCCGGCACGGGCUCGAGCGCAGGCGAACGAAGUCGCGCCUAUCUGGGGUUCGUGA